GAGACCCCGACGGUGAGCUGCACGGGGGCGGCGGCGACGUGUCGAAAGUGCGGAGCGCAGCGCGCAGGCGCUGUCCUCGCCGCCGCCCCGGCCUGGUGAGGAACAAAGGGAGCGAGGCCGGAGCGGAAGUACAAAUAUAAUGUCAGGUGGCUGAAAAUUUGCCUAUCAAAAUGUCAAAAAGGCCAUCUUAUGCCCCACCUCCUACCCCAGCUCCUGCAACCCAAAUGCCCAGCACACCAGGGUUUGUGGGAUACAAUCCAUACAGCCAUCUGGCCUACAACAACUACAGGCUGGGAGGGAACCCGGGCACCAACAGCCGGGUCACGGCUUCCUCUGGUAUUACCAUUCCAAAGCCCCCCAAACCCCCAGACAAGCCCCUGAUGCCCUACAUGAGGUACAGCCGGAAGGUCUGGGACCAAGUGAAGGCGUCCAAUCCUGAUUUGAAGUUAUGGGAAAUUGGCAAGAUUAUUGGAGGAAUGUGGCGAGAUCUCACUGAUGAAGAGAAGCAAGAGUAUUUGAAUGAAUAUGAAGCUGAAAAGAUAGAGUACAAUGAGUCCAUGAAGGCCUACCACAACUCUCCUGCAUACCUGGCCUACAUCAAUGCCAAGAGUCGUGCGGAGGCUGCGCUGGAAGAGGAGAGCCGCCAGAGGCAGUCACGCAUGGAGAAAGGGGAGCCCUACAUGAGCAUCCAGCCCGCAGAGGAUCCCGAUGACUAUGACGAUGGGUUUUCUAUGAAGCACACGGCCACGGCUCGUUUCCAGAGGAACCAUCGUCUCAUCAGUGAGAUCCUGAGUGAAAGCGUGGUGCCUGAUGUCCGCUCUGUGGUCACCACAGCUAGAAUGCAAGUUCUGAAACGCCAGGUUCAGUCUUUAAUGGUUCAUCAGCGUAAACUGGAAGCUGAGCUUCUACAAAUUGAAGAGCGUCACCAGGAAAAGAAGAGGAAGUUUCUGGAAAGCACAGAAUCCUUUAAUAAUGAGCUCAAAAGGUUAUGCAGUUUGAAGGUGGAAGUGGAUAUGGAAAAAAUUGCUGCUGAAAUUGCUCAGGCGGAGGAGCAGGCUCGCAAGAGGCAGGAGGAAAGGGAAAAGGAAGCAGCAGAGCAAGCAGAACGCAGCCAAAACAACAUCACAGCUGAGGAAGAACAGGCAGCUAACAAGGCAGAGGAGAAGAAGGAAGAGGAGAGUGCUCCAAUGGAGACAGAAGAGCCUCACCCAGAAGAGAGCACAGAAACCCAGCAGAACGGAGAAGAAGGAACAUCCACCCCCGAUGACAAGGAGAGUGGCCAAGAAGGGGGUGACAGCACUGCAGAGGAGGGAACCAGCGACAGCAACACUGGUUCUGAGAGCAACAGCGCGACAGUGGAGGAGCCUCCUGCAGACCCCAGUGCCGAGGACAGUGAGAAGAAAGAAUAAAUAUUGACUCAUUUCAUGUGUCUCUUUAAGGAAGUACUGGUUUAGUUUCAACAUGUGCUAUGCAGCUUUUAUAUCUUCCCUGCGUGUAUCCCUUGUUCCCAAAGAUACUGGGCUUCAGUAACAUGUCACAUUAUCAGCAGACUGAUGUCUAGGGGCCUUUGGAGGCACAGGGUGGCUUAAAGCAGACAGAAAACCUGUUAAAAUACAGAUAGGUCCUUCCUAUUGCUUGGGAUUUCUCCCCUAGAAGAA